UGAUGGACUCGGCAGUGUUGACUCUCGUGGAGCUUGGUGACGAUGUCUCCGACGUGUAUGCAUGGGUAGAUGCAAACACCCGCGGCGACGCCGUGGAGAGCAACAACUCUGGGGGAGUGAGCGAGCGGUUGCUGCCGCAGCUGCAUGUGUUAUCGCAGGAACUGAGUGCGACGUUGCAACACCAGCUCGAAUCGUUCCCGUCGUUCGACACGCAUGUCCAGCUCCUGGCGAUUAAAACCGAGGGCUUGCGACUGAAUCUCCAAAGCGUCACGACCUUCCCCGAUUCCGUGGCCGACCUCCCCGAUGGCAGCGAUGGUACAACUCAUAACUUACCUUGUCAGGGCUCAACUCGACCCCGUGUAGCGACGACUGCACGUGCUGUCGCCACUAGCCCGUCUCUCAUCCUCCUUCACGAAGCCAAGCAGCGCAUGCAAGCAUGCAUCCAUGCCCUCGAGGAAAGUGCGGCGUGGACGCAACACAGCCGCGUCGUUGGUCAACUCGUCUCCGAGUCCGUGUCUUCGAUCGCACCGACAUCUUUGCCAUCACUUGCCACGCAUUUAACAGCCAUGCACAAGAGCUUGCGCAUCUUGGCGCCAAUGCCAGGCGCGCCUGAACGACAAGCUACGAUGGCGAGACUCCUCGGGGACAUCGAACGCCUCGUCUUACCAGCGUUACUCGACCAACUCAACCGCCCAAGCACCGUGGACGUCGAGAGAGUGGCUGAAAUUCUCACCAUUUUCAAAUGUCUUGACCGCGCCGACGUCGUGAGUGGCCAGUACGCGGCAGUUCGUCCGGCAGCCAUCCAUCGGCUGUGGCUAUCCCUUGAGACGGGCCCACGACCGUUGAAUUUGUCCGACUUUUACGCUGACGUCGCCGCCUUUCUAGGUCGUGAGUGGCUUACAAUAGGUCUAGUGUUUGGGCAUGAGACGGGUCCAUCUGUGUGGCUGUCGUUGCUCCAAGCAACGCUGCAGCCGUGCGCGUUGAGUUCGUGCAUCAAUGUGCACAACGUGUGCGCUUGGUUUGACCAAUCGUGUCGGUUUGCCCAGUCGUUGCUGACAAACUAUGGUGACGUGGCGGAGAACCACAGCCCUGUGCUCGCCCCAGCGAUAGUCCAAGUCAUAUUUGAACCAUACUGGCCGUUGUUUGAGUCGUUUGCGACGGUCGAACGCAGUGAAGUGCUGGCACUUCAAGUGCGCGAAUUGGUGGUGCCCAAAAGCGGUCCCGUUGACGCCGACUUUGCCGCACUGGUUGAAGAAGCCUUCACGGGGCUGUGGGAGGCACUUGAAGUGCGCGUGCAGUUUGGGCUGUCGUUUGCACUUGGCGCGCUCUUGCCCGCUGUCGUCGCGGCCAUCACGGACACUGUCACCGAGUUCGAGUUGGCAUUGGUGCACCAGGUUAAACUCGAUUUGGACAAAACUACGUCAAACUCGUCGACUAGUAUAACCGACCCUUCUCUUAUGGAUUGGGAACGGUUCCACGACGCGUUAAACUUGGUUAAAACCACCGGAUUGGUUUUAACGCAAGCCGAAGCCAUGCAAUCGCGAUGGGGACCCCGCGUCCAAACUUGUUUAAACGCGUGGAUCCUCGAGGACUCGGACUCUGUGCCACCGUUUUCGGUGGAUGAUUGCAGAAACGUUGCGACGUUGCCCAAGGCAGUUAUGAUGCAGUGGUGGCGCAGCAAUGCUUCAAAAUACCACGACAUGGCAACUCUGGCCCAUUCGCUGACUUACAAACCGCUUUUCGGCCACUUGUUGGAACACUGGACAAAGGUGGUACAGCAGUUACUGUAUGCGUCCGUGAUGACCCCCAUCCAAGCGCUGUUACGGCCGCUCCCGACGCUAGAAAUUUGGAUCCAGCCCGAAGCCACGGAUGCAUUGCCGUCGUUUAGCAUGCUGCCACAGGAUUAUGUGACGGGGGUCGCCGACAUCUUGCUGUCGUUGCUGCCGCAGCUGGAGCUGUUUGCAGAAACGAGCGGCCUGCCAAAUGCUGUGGCAGCGUCCCACCACGUCGAGUUGCUUAGCAACGACGCGUGGACAGCCGUCGCCACCACAUUUUUUCCAAAUACCCCUGUAAAUGACGACUGGAUGAGCCAAUCAGCGACGUCGUCGUUUGUGGACCGAUGGACGGUCGUGAUGGCGUCGGGUGCGAUGGCCGUCUUGACUGGUCAAAUCCUCCAAAUCCCUCGGUUUAGUGCCACUGGCGCCGCUCAACUCGCAUGUGACAUGGGGUACUUUGAGAACGUGCUCAUGGCGCUGGGGGUGCCGCUGCAUCCAAUCUUGGCCCAUAUCCGCCACAGACUGACCAAUCAGAAUGCGCCCUGCGACACUGCGAUCGCGACUUCCCUCGACAAGUACCUGACAGUGACCAGAUAAAAACGAUGUCACAGAAGUGGCCUUAUCGGCUGUUGUAAGGUUGAAACAUCAUGUUUACAUAUUAUAUUGUGUCGUAGUAAUAGGUACAUUUGUAUGGUGUUGUUAUUUUUUUAAUUUUAUGAAAAAAAUAUUGUUCAUAUUAUAUUGUUUCGAGG